GGCCGAGGCUCACUGACACGGACGGCAUAGGGACACGGGACGGGACGGGACGUGGUGGAGGCUCGUCUGGCUCUGCGACGACACGGGCGUGGCGGACCACAGUGCCAGGGUUCAUGGGAUGCACGAUCUACGCAGCCAGCCCUGAGGCCCUGCCGGGCGACGAGGCCACAGGCCGGGACCACCGACGCCACUACUACAGACCCCAUGGUCCCCGCUACCAGAGGAUAGCCAGGCCCAACACCAUGACGGAGCCCCAGGAGCCGAAUGAAGACGCAGCCCUCAUCUCAACCCAGGACCAGGAACCCUCCAAACAAGAAGAUACUCAAGGAGGUCAUCAUCAAUUCAGCAUACAGUUGAUUGACGACCUGUCUUAUGAAGACGUGAAGAAGUGCUACAGGGGCUCUACUGUCAGCAAGUACAACUCGCAGUACCACAAGCUCUUCCAGGGCGUACCCAAGGACGAGAUCCUCAUGAAAGUAUACUCCUGCGCUCUGCUUCGAGAUAUCCUGCUGCAAGGCCGCCUUUACAUCUCCAGAAACUGGCUGUGUUUCUAUGCCAACCUCUUUGGCAAGGACAUCAAGGUUGCCAUCCCUGUGGUCUCUGUGAGGCUGGUGAAGAAGCACAAAACGGCGGGUCUGGUGCCCAAUGGCCUAGCCAUCACCACAGACACCAGUCAGAAGUAUGUGUUUGUGUCUCUGCUGUCCAGGGACAGUGUUUAUGACGUGCUUCGGAGGAUCUGCACCCACCUCCAGGUCAAUGGGAAGAAGAGUCUGUGUCUGAAACAGUACAUGGAGGUCCCACACACCUUGUCUCUGGAUGAGUUUCCUGUCCCGGAUGAGUUCCCAGUGGCAGAUGAGUAUCCUCCGGUGUUGAAGUGGAGGAGGAAACCUUCGGCGGUGACCGUCUCCUCAUCCCUCCCUGACCUCCUUGGGAACUCCACGGGGAGCCUCAGUGCCGUGGACUCCUCCUUCCAGACAGACCCGCCGCUAGAAGACCAGGGUCUAGAGAAUGAGAAAACCCUGCUCUCAGAGCCCGUCCCGGAGUUGGGCCAGAUGGAAUAUCAGCUGCUUAAGUUCUUCAUCGUACUAAUCAUCUUGCUAAUCCUGUCAUCAUGCUACCUGGCCUUCCGCGUCUGCAGUCUGGAGCACCAGCUGUCCUUCCUGAACAACCCAACACUGCCCCUUCGAGAGAGGUAACUGCUGCUCUGCACUUUUUAUGGACACAUUCCUAUCUGUGAUCACCUCGAGACUAUGCAAACAAACUCUUUCUUUAUUAUGAUUUUAAUACAGUUUAGACUAGAAAAGGACAGCCCCUGCCUCAAACAUUUUGCUGUAGGUGAGUGACAUUGGCAAGUUGAAAGAAGAGCCAGCAAACAAGAUUGUAAAGAACUGGGAAUGGAUUAAAAAGCUCAGGAUUUGUGGAAUUGGCUGGGAAUCAGGACUUGGGAAUGAUUUCGUCUUGGUUGAAGGACUGGAAAAACACGGGAGAUAAGUCUGUUGGCGUUGGAUCAAGAUUUAUUUUUGACACAUUCACCUGCAUUGUAGCCAACUGAUCUCUUCUUCCCAUCCACUGAACCAGGAAAUACCAGCUACAGGACUUAAGAGGGCAAAACAGGAGGAAGCCAGUAGUAUGUGCUUUGCAGAACUGUAAAAAAUAUGUAUAUGACCUUUGGCCCACUAUUUCAAAUGUAGGCCACAUCAUAAAUGAGGUCUUCAUAUGUUACCAUUCUUUUCCUAGUAAAUAGUGCAAUACAAUAAUACAACUUAUUCAGCCUAA